UGAUAACAAUAAUCGAUAAGUGACAUUGAGGUUAUGUUGUCUUUUUCACGGGCCUUGCAAAGAAAACGUUUGAAUUAUUAUUUAUUACAUUCUAGUAUUGUGAAUUACUAAUUUUUAAAAUGAAAAAAUUGCAAGGAUGGAGGUUUGCUGGUUUUGUUGGUGGUAUGUUGGGGGUUUUGGGACUGGCUCUAUACCCAAUCAUGAUUUACCCAAUGUACAAUACAGAUGAGUACAAGAAACUCCAGGCUAUUGGUCGUAAGAAUAUCAAUCAAGAGGAUAUACAACCUGGCGGUAUGAGAAUUUGGUCGGAUCCCUUUGGAAGGAAGUGAGCUAUGGAAUACUCCAGUCUAACAAUAUCCAUUUCAUAACAUAGAGACUUUUUCAUGAAACUAGUUGACUGUCAUAGUGAUUUUAGUUCAACUCCAGUGUUUCAGUACCUGUAAAUAUUAUGUGAAAAUUCAUUGUUUUGUUGUUUAUGUUGAUAAUACAUUAAGCUUGUAAAUAUUACAA